AUGUCGCUCUUGCUGGGCGGGGUGGAGAUCGACCAGGACAAUAACAUCGUCCUGCUUGACAAGGAGAUGGCAUCGAUGAGGCAGGGACGGGCUUUCCUGUCUCGGAUCAAUGACAACAUUCCCAGAAGUCGGAGCUCCAUGGAGCAGAUGGUGGAAACUCUGGAGGAUCAGAGGAGGAAGCCCCUGACUCCGGUCCAGUUUGAGAACCUCAUCCUGAGCCUGGUGUAUUCUGCUUAUCAGGCCCGGCAUCAGGAAGAGAGACGGGAGCAGGAGGCCUGGGGUGGAGUCCUCCUCCAGCUGGCGAACGUCACGGUCCACGAGCUACGUGGAAAUUAUCUCUUCAAUUAUGCCUAACGCACAAACCACCAUUCUGUG